AUGGUAUCAGACACACCGCCUGGAGUAAGCUCUUGGGUGGAAAAAGGUCAGCGCGACCUGUCCGUGCGGCGUCUGCAGCUUCCCAGACCCAGCUGGGCAAGCCAGGGCUCUGUCUCAAAGGCAGCAGGAAGACUUCUGAUGGGAUGUGAGAGAUGCAGCAGAACAAAGAAGGAGAGGUCCACCCCGUGGGUACCAACUCAUCCUGCCACCUCAAGUAGCAGUAGGACUAAGUGGCCUCCCACUAAGGCCAGACCAGUUGAAUUCUCAGAGACUGAAUACCCACGAAUCGAAUAUCAAAGAAAGCAACAACAGUUUUGGGACUCUGUACGACUAUCUCUCUUCACUUUAGCAAUUGUAGCAAUCAUAGGGAUCACAAUCGGUAUUGUCACUCAUUUCGUUGUUGAAGAUGAUAAGUCAUUCUAUUACCUUGCCUCUUUUCAAGUCACAAACAUCAAAUACAAAGAAAAUUAUGGAAUUAGAUCAUCGAGAGAGUUUAUAGAAAGAAGUCAUCAGAUUGAGCGAAUGAUGUCUAGGGUGUUUCGACGUUCUUCUGGAAUGGGUCGAUUUAUCAAGUCCCAUGUUAUCAAGAUAAGUCCAGAUGAACAAGGCGUGAACAUUCUUAUUGUGCUCAUGUUUCGAUACCCAUCUACUGACAGUGCUGAAAGAAUCAAGAAAAAAAUAGAAAGGUCUUUAUAUCAAAGUCUGAAGAUCAAACAAUUGCCUUUCUCUAUAUAUAAACCAUCAUUUACCCUCACACCCAUUGACAGCAAAAAGAUGAGACAUCUUCUCAAUAGUCGAUGUGGGAUAAGAAUGUCGUCUUCAAACAUGCCGUUGCCAGCAUCCUCCACUACUGAACGGAUUGUCCAAGGAAGAGAAACAGCUCUGGAAGGGGAGUGGCCAUGGCAGGCUAGCCUGCAGCUGGUAGGGGCAGGCCAUCAGUGCGGAGCCACACUUAUCAGCAACACGUGGCUGCUCACAGCAGCGCACUGCUUCUGGAAAAAUAGAGACCCAAGUAAAUGGAUUGCUACCUUUGGUACAACUAUAAAACCACCUGCAGUGAAACGAAGUGUCGGGAGGAUUAUCAUCCACGAAGAUUACCACAGAGAGAGCAAUGAAAACGACAUUGCCCUGGCGCAGCUCACUACCCGAGUAGAGUUUUCAAACGUGGUGCAGAGAGUCUGCCUCCCGGAUUCGUCCAUGAAACUGCCACCGAAAACAAGCGUUUUUGUCACAGGAUUUGGGUCUAUUGUAGAUGAUGGUCCUACACAAAAUAAGCUGCGGCAAGCCAGGGUGGAAACUAUAGGCACUGAUGUCUGUAACAGAAAGGAGGUGUAUGAUGGUCUGAUAACUCCGGGGAUGUUGUGCGCUGGAUUCAUGGAAGGAAAAGUAGAUGCAUGUAAGGGUGAUUCUGGUGGACCUCUGGUUUAUGACAAUCGGGACAUCUGGUACAUUGUAGGCAUAGUAAGCUGGGGACAGUCAUGUGCUCUCCCCAACAAGCCUGGAGUCUACACACGAGUGACUAAGUAUCGAGACUGGAUAACCUCCAAGACUGGCAUCUAAAGAGGA